AUGUCUUCUUCUAUGGAUGAUAAUAUCGGCGACAAUGUGGGCAAAAACCAAAUCUUCAUUAGCCACGACAGUCGCGACCGUGAGCUCGUCCAUGUGAUUGCCGAAACUUUGAAGCGGGUGUCGCAAGAAAGUGUUCGCGUGUGGUUCAGCUCUGAUGAGUCAACCCCCACCGGUGGCAUGUCGCCUGGAUCCAUCUGGUUGGAUGAGAUUCGGCUCCAAAUAUUAAAGUCUAAAUUGAUGAUUGUCGUACUGACGCCGCUGAGUCUGGACCGACCGUGGCUAUCCUUUGAGACGGGAUAUGCUUCGGCCACUGAAGGUUGCAAUGUGGUUCCGGUUUGCGUGGGAAUUGACAAGAAGGAUAUUUCAUUUCCGCUUGCCAUGUAUCAGUGCUAUCAGUUAGUGGACUAUGAAUCCCUGAAACGAUUUGUUGCCCUGAUAUUGGCGCAGUAUGAUAUACCUUUUGACGAAGAAGUUGUGAAACCGAUUUUACGUGAGGCUAUUCCGAAGUUGAUCCAGGCAAUGGCUCCACCCUAUGGCAUGGAGACGGACCAAGAGGAACCCACAGAGCUUGCUCAAGUCAAAGAGCAUAUCGAUCUCCAAUUUGCGGAUCUAAAAGGAAGGAUUUCUGCCUUGAAUAAGAAAAGUGAUAGCGGGGAAUUGAUGAUUCCGCUCAACUCUUUUUCUUAUUCGGUCGAGUUCCAAAUCGAUUUCCCCUUGCUGAAGCGCACCGUUUACUUGGAAAUGGACCCUGACACUACAGUCCAAACUGUGCUCGACAAUGCCUACGGCAUGCUAGCCAACCAUCUUAAACCAUGGACAUAUCUUACAUGCUGGAUCAUUCAAAGUCGGACUUCUGGCAGAAACUUGGUCAUUCGAGAGAUUGCAGACAUGGUACCGGCGCAGGUGGUGUUCACAGAUGGGUCCAAAUGGAAGAUUAUGCCCCUAAAACGUCCAUGGAAUGGUGCAGAUGCCAGGUCGUCAUUGUUUUAUGGGGUGGAGUGA